AUGGGGCCAGUGUUGCUGUCGUCGCUGCUGCUGCUGGGGUUGAGCCAGGCCGCCCCCCCGGACCAUGAGGUGACCUACUUGCCCGGGCUGUCAAAGCAGCCCUCCUUCCGCCACUUCUCGGGCUACCUCUGCGCCGGGCCGGGCAAGUACCUGCACUACUGGUUCGUGGAGGCUCAGAGCAAUCCCCAGAGCAGCCCCCUAGUGCUGUGGCUGAACGGGGGCCCUGGCUGCAGCUCCAUGGAGGGCUUCCUCAAGGAGCAUGGCCCCUUCCUGAUCCAGCCCGAUGGGGUCACACUGAAGUACAAUGAGUACGCAUGGAAUAAGAUUGCAAACAUCCUCUACGUGGAGUCUCCUGCUGGUGUUGGUUUCUCAUACUCCGAUGACAAGAACUAUGGCACAAAUGACACGGAGGUUGCUCACAACAACUACCUGGCAUUGAAAGACUUCCUCCGGCUCUUCCCUGAGUACUCCAAGAACGAUCUCUUCCUGACAGGGGAGAGCUAUGGAGGGGUCUACAUUCCCACACUGGCGGAGUGGGUGAUGCAGGACCCCAGCCUCAACCUGAAGGGAAUCGCUGUGGGAAACGGCCUCUCAUCUUAUGAGAUCAAUGACAACUCCCUGGUUUACUUUGCCUAUUACCACGGGCUGCUGGGGACCGAGAUGUGGAAAGACCUGCAGACCUUCUGCUGCUCCCAGGGGAAGUGCAACUUCCAUGACAACGCCAACCUGAACUGCACACUCAAGAUGGGGGAGAUGAUUCAGAUUGUAGAGGAGUCUGGCCUCAAUAUCUACAACCUCUAUGCCCCGUGCGAUGGAGGUGUCCCAGGGAGCAUGAGGUACGAGGGUGAUUAUCUCAUCACACAUGACCUAGGCAACUCCUUCAUCCGCAUGCCACUGAGGCUCUCCUGGCGGCAGAACCUAUUCCGGAUGCCAGUAGCCCGAAAGAAGGUGCGGAUGGACCCGCCCUGCACCAACUCCACAGCCCCCAGCAUGUAUCUGAACUCCCCCGAGGUGCGGAAGGCUCUGCACAUCUCCCCCAAGGCCUCAGAGUGGCAGGUGUGCAGCUUUGACGUGAACCGGAACUACAAGCGCGUGUACAUGCAGAUGAAUGAGCAGUACCUCAAGCUGCUCGGAACCACGGUGUGUGCAGGGGAGCCCACAGACCCUGGGAGUAUCUCUGCUAGCUCAGCCUCCUACCUGGCUGGGACUACUGCCCUGCCAACAGCUCACUUUCUGUCUGCUACACAGAAAUACCGGAUCCUGGUGUACAAUGGGGACGUCGACAUGGCUUGCAACUUUCUCGGGGAUGAGUGGUUUGUGGAUUCCCUGUGCCAGAAGGUGCAGGUGGCUCGCCGGCCCUGGCUCUACACUGAAAAUGGUGAGAACCAGAUCGGUGGCUUUGUGAAGGAAUUCACCAACAUCGCUUUCCUCACUGUCAAGGGCGCUGGCCACAUGGUGCCCACAGACCGGCCACUUGCUGCCUUCACCAUGUUCUGCCGCUUCAUUAAGAACCAGCCUUACUAAGAGCUGCAGAGGUAGCUCCGGGCACUGCAGCUGCUCUCACCACCCCACCUGCCCUCACUGCCGGCACCUUGCACAGCCCGUCCUCGCUGCUGCUCGGCUACACCACGGACCUGCCACGCCUGCAGCCUUCCCCCCAGCUGGACAGGGCUGCCUGCCAUGGGUAGGGAGCAUGGCCUUGGGGGACUCUGUUCUUGUGGGAGAGGCGUUGUGAACCUGCUGCAGGCCCCUCCUCCCUUGUGGCUUCCUGUCUUGCCUCCUCCCUGUCUGCGGCAGCAGCUGCUUCUCUCCCAGGCAGGGAGCAAACCCCAGCACUUCCCCUCAGCCCCCCCAAACACACAGCCUGGGCAGGCUAUGAGGAACAGCAGCAGGGGGCGGCUGGGACUUGCUCACCUCUACCUUGGCUCCUACCACCACUGCUCCCACUGAAGGAGACUUACCACCAUUACCACAACAAUCCUACUGCCAGGGCACGCAGUGCUUCAGGAUCUCACAAUAAACUCUGACCAAGGUGGUUCUGCUCCUCCUC